AUGGCAAUCAAAGCUCCAUUUCAACUUUUGAUGCUGUUGGGAAUUAUUUCCCUAGCUUCCUCAGUUUCUGUCUCUUCUAGACAUGAUCAAGAAAACCCUAACCCUUUUUUGUUUAAGUAUAACCGUUUUCAAACUCUUUUCGAAAAUGAAAAUGGUCACAUCCGUCUCCUUCAAAGGUUCGACAAACGUUCCGAGAUAUUUGAGAAUCUUCAAAACUAUCGUCUUUUGGAAUAUAAUUCUAAGCCUCACACACUUUUUCUUCCACAACAUAAUGAUGCUGACUUUAUCCUUGCAGUUCUAAGUGGGAGAGCCAUUCUAACAGUGUUGAACUCCAAUGAUAGAAAAUCCUUUAACCUUGAGCGCGGUGAUACCAUUAAACUUCCUGCUGGCACCAUUGCGUAUUUGGCAAACCAAGACGACAAGCAAGAUCUUAGAGUAUUAGAUCUCGUCAUCCCAGUAAACAAACCCGGUCAAUUUCAGCAGUCCCCAACAAAAAUCCAAUAA